GAGAAGGGCCUUUGGCUUGGUAUAUGGAACCCUGCGUGAGAGGGUGGUGAUCGCUGCCCCUGCUGCUUCCUAGUCCCAUUGUCCCGAUGCCCAGCGCCAGCGCCACCGCCAGCCGCAAGGGUCAGGAGAAGCCGCGGGACAUCAUGGACGCCGCGGAAGAUUAUGCUAAAGAAAGAUAUGGAGUAUCUUCAAUGAUACAAUCACAAGAAAAACCAGAUCGAGUUUUGGUUCGAGUUAGAGACCUGACAGUUCAAAAAGCUGAUGAAAUUGUUUGGGUGCGUGCAAGGGUUCAUACAAGCAGAGCUAAAGGGAAGCAGUGUUUCUUAGUCCUACGUCAGCAGCAGUUUAAUGUCCAGGCUCUUGUGGCUGUGGGAGACCAUGCAAGCAAGCAGAUGGUUAAAUUUGCUGCCAACAUCAACAAAGAGAGCAUUGUGGAUGUAGAAGGUGUUGUGAGAAAAGUGAAUCAGAAAAUUGGAAGCUGUACACAGCAAGAUGUUGAGUUACAUGUUCAAAAGAUUUAUGUGAUCAGUUUGGCUGAACCCCGCCUGCCCUUGCAGCUAGAUGAUGCCGUUCGGCCUGAAGGAGAAGGAGAAGAGGAAGGAAGAGCUACUGUUAACCAGGACACGAGACUAGACAACAGAGUCAUUGAUCUUAGGACAUCAACUAGUCAGGCUGUCUUCCAUCUCCAGUCUGGCAUCUGCCAUCUCUUCCGAGAAACUUUAAUUAACAAAGGUUUUGUGGAAAUCCAAACUCCUAAAAUUAUUUCAGCUGCCAGUGAAGGAGGAGCCAAUGUAUUUACUGUGUCGUAUUUUAAAAAUAAUGCUUACCUGGCUCAGUCCCCACAGCUGUAUAAGCAGAUGUGUAUUUGUGCUGAUUUUGAGAAGGUUUUCUGUAUUGGACCAGUAUUCAGAGCCGAAGACUCCAAUACCCACAGGCAUCUAACUGAAUUUGUUGGUUUGGAUAUUGAAAUGGCUUUUAAUUACCAUUACCAUGAAGUUGUAGAAGAAAUUGCUGACACUUUGGUACAGAUAUUCAAAGGUCUUCAAGAAAGGUUUCAGACUGAAAUUCAAACAGUGAAUAAACAAUUCCCAUGUGAGCCAUUCAAGUUCUUGGAGCCAACUUUAAGACUAGAGUAUUGUGAAGCAUUGGCUAUGCUUAGGGAGGCUGGAAUCGAAAUGGGAGACGAAGAAGAUCUGAGCACACCAAAUGAAAAACUGUUGGGUCGUUUGGUAAAGGAAAAGUAUGAUACAGAUUUUUAUAUUCUCGAUAAAUAUCCUUUGGCUGUAAGACCUUUCUAUACCAUGCCUGAUCCAAGAAAUCCUAAGCAGUCCAACUCUUAUGAUAUGUUCAUGAGAGGGGAAGAAAUACUCUCAGGAGCUCAAAGAAUUCACGAUCCUCAACUGCUAACAGAGAGGGCCUUACAUCAUGGAAUUGAUUUGGAGAAAAUCAAGGCUUACAUAGAUUCUUUCCGCUUUGGAGCACCUCCUCAUGCUGGUGGAGGGAUUGGGUUGGAACGAGUGACUAUGCUGUUUUUGGGAUUACACAAUGUUCGUCAGACCUCGAUGUUCCCUCGUGAUCCUAAACGACUCACUCCGUAAA